UGCGCACGUCAGAAUCAAACAACACCCCCUUCUUUAAACUCGCUUAUGUGUAAUUGAUAUAGCGAAGCGAAGAAAAAACGACUGGAAUUUCAGUAUUUUGUGGCAGUGAAAUGAAAGUUACGACGGAGACAGUCGUUUAGGAUGGACUCUAAAACGCCCCCUGACAUCAGAUAAACUUCACUGUAGAGAAAGGACUAGUUGAAUGCAGACUGAGAUGAUGCUGCCCUUAUCAUGGACAAAUGGAUUGAAUUCAAGUUGUGAAGUUGUGAAAGAUGGGUGGUGCUGGUGUCAGCAGAAAUGUUAGAAAGCCAGAUAAACUAGUUGUAGUAGUUGCUGAGGAAGUAUAGUAAGGAGAGCAACAGAAUUGGCUUAUAGAGUUGCAAAAUUAUAUACCUUUGCUGUUGAGUUGGGGAAACUGUUUCUACAGUUGAUAUAGCAGAUAAAAAUAGGCUGAUGGAGUACAGUGAGAGAGUGCUGUGUGGCUCGGGGGAGAUGGAGCUGGACCCCAACAUUGUGAGUGAAGAGGCUGGAAAACUGUAUUCAGAGCUACAGACCGUCAUUGAGACCCAUGGUGAAGGUGUGGUGGAGUCGCUGGUGCCCAUAUUUGUGUGGGUCCUGGAGGGGCUGGCCAGCUGCAAAGCCCAGCUGAGAGACAGGGAGGACGAGGCGGAGAGGGAGAAAGCUGAGCGAGAGGAGCUGCUGGAGAGAUACCAAGCAGAGCGGGCACUCCGGAAAGAAAGUCAAGAGAGGUAUCUGGAGCUAGAUGACCAAAUUGAACAGGAGAGGAGAGCCAUGAGGGGGAGAGACCGGGAGAGAGAGCGGCGAGAGCGAGAACUAGAGAAGAAAGCAAGACAGCAAGCUGACCAAUUGGUGGCCUCGGAGGAGCAAAAGGCAAAUCUGAACAGGGAACUGAGCACACUGAAACACACUCACAACAAGCUGGCUCACACACAUCGGGAACUUUUGGAAAAGAGGAAGGAUUCUGAGAGAGAUUCUCCUUUAAGGAAUCACAUGCGCCCCAAGAAUGCCGAAUUACCAUCCAACCAAAUCUUGUCAGAAGCCACUAUGAAUGAAAAGAUGAUUCAAAGACCACAUUCACAUUCUGGCCCUCCCUUUUUGGAAGAUCUUGUCGCGAAUGAAGAAAAAUCGUUGGACAUUGCAGUAAAGCCUGCCGCAGACCAGUUUGUCAAUGACAUCAUAAGCUCCACUCCAGAGCUGAGGCAGUUUCAUGGCGGUGUGGAUGCUAGCACUCCAGUGCGACCGACCACAGAAGAACCACAGAAAGAUGCGUCGGAGACCAGCAUGGAGGACGAGCUGAAGGAGGUGGAGGAGAAGGAGCACAAAAUAGAAGAGGUGUCGGGAGGACAGAGGCAGGAAAAAGACCAGGAGGAGGAUGAGGUGGAGGAAGAUGAUAGUAUGGAGUGGGAGCUGCGCAACACUGACUCUGUGUUCUCUGAGCUGUCAGAGCUGAGUCGGGAUUAUGUGGAGAGUGUAGACCAAGGGGCCAGCGUCAGAGGCAGUACAGACCAGUUUGAGGAGAUUCUUUCUCAGUAUGAGGAACUGAAAGUCACACAUGGGUUAGUAGAAGCUGCCCGUAAGGCUUUAAUAUAUCGGGUAGUGGAGCUCACUGAAGACCGCUCAGCUCUAAAACUAGAGGUGACGUCUCUUCAGGAAACUGUCUCACGUUUGGAGGGUCGGAUGAAGAUGGAGGAGGAGGAAGCUAAGAGACUUCGUAAACAACUGGAAGCGUGUCAGCCUGAGGAUCCUGAUUCUUCUCUGCCCACGUCCAUGCGCAGCUUCUCUCGUUCUGAAAUGGCUCGUGUGGUCAUGGAGAAGAACCAAUACAAGCAGCGUCUGUUUGAGCUGCAAGAGGCAGUGAGGCGCAGUCAGACAAUCAGAGCAACAAAGGAGAUGAGGAUAACUGAGGACAAAAGGUCAAGCGUUUGGUUAAAGUUCAACCGCUUGUUCGGCCUCACCAAGGGACCCCUAAUCCCACAUCCUGCUUCUGCAUUUGCCAUGCAAACUUCUCCAUCGCUCACUCGCUCUCCAAUGGGGUCACCACAACUACCAGCUGUCAGUCAAACUCCUGCUGAAUCUGCUUCUCCUGCUGCUCUCUCCCCUCGUGUCAGGAGGAGAGAACUCUACAAAGAAAUACGCUCGCACAUUUGGGGAUCACUUGGAAAACGGCAGAUACACGGCUGGAGCACACCGCUGGCAAAUACACAGGAGUCUCACGAACCUGUCCCAGAGCCUAAAGAUGUGCCUGUUCUAAUGCAGUUCAGACUGCUGGAUCAAAGAGACUCCACAGCGAAACUGAACUGUGCGGUUGCAGUCACACCUGAGCUGUCAGGAGAGGCAUCAUGUUCUGUGUGGGUAGUUUCUGGCCCUGCCUCCUGCAGUGAUAUUACAGUGAUUGAUCCAGCACGGCCCAACACAGUGUUGGAUCAGUUCAGCCUCCCUCCCACUGCUCCUGCUCUCUGCAUCUGUGCUGUGCCUCCCAUAGGUGACACUGCAGGGACUGUGUGGAUUGGAACUCAGGAAGGAAGUAUACUGGUACACUCAGCCUCUGCUGGCAGGAGGCGCUGUCUGCAGUCUGUAUCUCUCUCAGAAGGCGUUCAUUCACUCACGUGUUCCCAGGGUCAAGUCAUAGCUGGUUUAGCUGACGGGACUUUAGCAUUUUUUUCACACAGUUCAGAUGGCUGGAAUCUACAGUCCCACUCGGUGAUGCCUCUUGGAUCGAACCCCCUGCAGCCGAUUCGCUGCUGCCUCGCAAAAGGUGGCCGCUUGUGGGUGGGAUACUGGAACAGAGUCCAUGUGGUUGAUGUUGACAGCAAGAAGGUUGAGCAAACCUUCUCAGUGUCUGAACGCAGCGAGCAGCAGGUUCGUUUCCUGUGUGCUGGUGGAAGUGGAGUAUGGGCAUCCUGCCGACGCGACCCAAUCCUCAGACUGUUUGACUGGUCCACAGGACGGCCGCUACAGGAAGUCGAUUUUGCUGCUUUGGUCACUAAAACAUUAGGCCAAUCCUUCCUAACACUCGCACCGCUGCAGAUCUCGUCUCUCACAGUCAUCUCUGCCCGUCUGUGGGUGGGCACAGAAGGUGGUGCCAUUUUCUCCAUCCCACUAUCCAUAACAUCAGAGGCUGUUUCCAUCCCGUAUUGCUCCAUUUCAUCAGCGCAGCUGUGUUACCAUGGACAUAGACAGACUGUCAGGUUCAUCAUUGCUGCACCUGGUUGUUUGAUGGUCCUUCCUGGCACCAGCACUGUCACUACCUCUCAGCUUAUCCUCAGCGGAGGAGAGGGCCACAUCAACUUCAGAAUUGGAGACGAUGCGAACGAGGGAUCCGUUGAGUUGUCCCAGGCUUCACCUCAGCGGUCUGAACGCAGUCAGAUGAUCAUCUGGCAGAAUCCCACCAUGUCUGUGCCGAGCCCCGCCCUCUGACACUGACCAUCUCCUAGCUCUGCCUGUUUGGAAGACAACAAAGAUGUAGCGGAAAAUAAACUGUACACCAGCGAAGCUAGAGACAACAAUGAAGAUGGUGCUUUCAUGAAACUAAAUGAAACCAGCGUCUCAAUGCGGCAGCAAUAAAGGCAUCCUCUAAAAAGUAUAUACAGCAUUUAUAAGAUACAUGCUGUAUCGUCCUUGUUUACCUCAUUUUAAACAUCUAUCUUUUGACUUGAUUAUUCUGAUGGAUGCCUUACUCUGUGCCUUCAUCUCAUUUGUUAUAAUUUCGGUUAAACUGGUCAGUAAUUCUUCUACCUGAUUGUUAAUAGCUCAUUUCUACCUUUGCACUAACAAUGCAUACAGUUUCUCUGUCCGACAUGCAGCUCUCUGACAUAUUUUUCUGCCAGCCCACGCAGAGCUGUCACUCACAUCUUCAUUCCACUGAGGGGGCACCAGGUCUUUCUGUCCUACAUCGUUUAAUCAUAAUGUUUAACGUAAUGAUGUGGCUGCUCUUGAAGGUGCUGUGUACAUACUUUUCUGUUCACUGUGAACUGGAAACAGGUAAUGAUCUUCUCUCAGCGUUAAGACAAUCAGACACCUCUUAUCUCCUGAUGCUGCACUGAGAUUGGGGACUUCUUGACUUCUUUUGAUUGUGACUUGUGUGUUUUUUGCAAUUUACUUUUGAAUUCAACCCCUCCACAGUGCAUAUGAUAUAACUACAAACUGCACAUUUUAAAUGUGUCUGUAAAAUAUGUGAUACGCCCUCUUCUAAAUGAACUAUUUCAGUACUUUUCCAUUAGAAAUUAUUUAUUUUCUCAGUUCUUUACCUAAUGUAUUUGGCUGUCUUAAUGUGUUUUAUUUGAUUUCAGUAUCUUUUGUAAAAUAAGGGAGAUGCUUCUAUCAAGUGUCCUAUGCAGUAUUUAUGUGCAAUAACACGUUUGUGCACUUAUAUUGAUGUCACAGCAUCUCUUUAUUAUCCUUCUGGGAAAGAUAAGACUUGAGUAUUCAUUUUGACCUUGUGCAAACAUGAUUAUUGUCAUUAAAAAUGUCUGUCAUUCUGA